ACUAACUAAUAUGCUUAUGCUUUCUAUUUUACUCCGUCUUCAUUAAUACAAAAUAUAAAGGUUAUUUAUAAUACUUACUGGAAUAGUUAGCAUUGACCCAUAUCAAUGGUGUUUCAAUAAAUACACUUAUUAAAAAAGCAUAAAGAUGCUUGUGAGAAAUAUCACCCGUACAUUAUGGAACACAUUAAAAGUAGAGAAGAGGUUCUUAGCAUCGAAGCCAAUAAAGCCAGAACCAGAAGUUGAGGAUAACAUAGAACCUGUACAGGCGGAUGCAUUAGACAGGGAUAUUUGUCUACUGGUCGAUGAGAAGGAUAACUUCAUAGGAACAGCUACAAAGCGAGACUGUCACAAAGUUGGGCCUGAUGGCAGUGUACUGUUACAUAGAGCCUUCAGUGUGUUUUUAUUUAAUAAACGGGGAGACAUACUUUUGCAGAGAAGAUCAAGCCAGAAAGUAACUUAUCCAGACUAUUAUACAAAUGCAUGUUGUAGUCACCCCCUUUACAUAGACAACCAACCUGAAGAUGUGAUUACAGCUGCUAGACGUAGGCUCAAUCAUGAGUUGGGUAUACCUCUUGAUAAGAUGGACCCGGAAAUGUUUACGUUUCUAACUCGCGUCCACUACCACGACCCCGGCGACGGCGUGUGGGGCGAACAUGAAAUCGACCAUAUACUGUUCUUCCAGUCUGAUGUAAAGGUCAAACCCAACUCCGAUGAAAUCUCUGAGUACUGUUUCGUGCCAAAGAGUGAAUUUAAUGCGUACCUCCCAACUCUUGAAGGACCAAUAACACCUUGGUUUAAUAUGAUUCGCCGUCAUAGACUCAAAUUAUGGUGGGACAACCUUCAUCGUAUCAAGGAAUUAGCCGAACCAGACAAGAUACAAAAAUUCUUAAACGAAAAAUGAUUUAAGUACAUCAUUAAUUUAUUACUUAUAUAAAAUAUUAUAAUUUAAAUUAUUAUCAUUGUUGUAUGACUAAGGUUAACUUCGAUAUAGUAUUUACUGAAUUAUAUUAUUUUUUUAAUUUGUAAAAUUAUAAAACAGAAAAAAUUGGGCUAUUUUGUCCAUUUUCACAGCAUUAAGUAUCACAGUGUAAUAAAAAUACAAAUGUUAUAUUAAGUCAAAUUACUUAUAUGAAAUAAAAGUUAACCUAAUUAUAUUUUUCUUUUUUGUUCCUUGAUUUUAUUAAUCAUUAAGUUAACUGAAGUUGACAGAAGUAAAGGCAUAAGUGUUAAAAAAAGGACUCAUUUACAUUUUUUUUUUUUUGUUUUUAUUAACACUUCAUUUGGAAUUGUAUACGAUUGUUCCUUAAAACGAUUACAUUAUUGAAUAAAAAUAUGAUAGAAUAUAAGGAUCCUGCAAUUUUGCUAUUUUAUGUUUAAACCAGUUAUUCGUUAUGCACAGAUACAUUAUAUAAUAUUGCGUGAUUUUUAAAGCACUCCGUAGAUUAAAUAUUUAAUUUUAUUAGUAAGUAUUUUAUAAUUUCGUGUUGAGCAGUGCAGCGAUUAUUAAUAAAACUUAUAUUUCCUACACAAUAGAAUCAAAAACCUGCUUCUCUUGGAUAUUCAAUAUGAUUUUAGUAUUUAAGUAAUAUUAUUAUCUGUAAUAUUUUACGUAAAUUCAGUUUGGAUUUGUAUGGUUUGUAUAACAAUGGUGCUUGAAUUAUUAUAAAUUUUAAACGAAGAUAA